AUGGCGCUGCCAUCCAACGACUACGUGCUGCCACCCAAAGACACGGUGUUCAGCACACUCCUGCGCGGUUUGAAGACAUUUUCGGAGGAUCUGCAAGUCGGAGCCACCGACUCCAGCGCGUUUGGCUAUGGCUGGGCCCAAGUUCCAUCUGCAGCCCGAAUCGCAGCCCCCCAGUUGCUCCAGCCCAAGGCACCAACUUUGGCCCUCACGCUGCGAACCGGUGACCUGCAACCAGUGCGGGCAUCAAAGACGACAAAGGCGGCCAAGACGCCUCGAGAGACUCCGUCAGUGACGCCUUUGCGUCAGGCGCGUCGGCCACGGUCAGCCGGUGCACACCAGCAAUCGUUCCAGAGGUUGCCGAAAGCCGAAAUGUGUCAAACACCGCGGCAGACGGGACUACCUCGCUUUGAUGCUUCUGACAAUCAGCUAAAUAAGCGCCGGGGUUCUUUCACUUCCCGCGAGGCUCCAGUCAAUCAAGCCGCAAGUCCUUUAAGGCGCACGCUUCCUCCCGCAAAGUCCUGUCGGCAGCGGUCGCAGAAGAAGUUAUCUUCAGACGACUUACAUCCUGAAUCUGCAGAGAAGAAGAAAAUGGCCAGUACUGCGCCCUUGCAACAGCAAGCAUGGGAUUCCGCUAGGGGUGGGGCGCCGAAGGCGGCUGCACAACCGGCGGCUCAGGCAAAGGCGGAGGAAGGCACAGGUGGGCCAGCCGGAUCGAAAGGAAAGGCUGGGAUAUGUGAGGCAAAUGAGCAGGCAGCUGGUCCCCGUGUCCAGGGCACCAACAAGCCCAUGAUCGCAGCACAGGCACCGCAAGUCUCGCCCCGUCCGAAGUUGCCGUCGAUGGCCAAGACUCCUCGGAUGAUGGAAGACUUCAUUGCCCAGUCGACUCAGCACUUGUUGUCCCUUCCCGGAAAGCCACAGCUUACCUGGCGGACAGUGGACUCUGAGGCGGACUAUCGGGAACUGAAGGCCGGGGAGUACUUCAACCAUUUCUUCCACAACCGGGUUCUCACCACAAAAGCGGGCCUUGCACAGUCUUUGAAGGAGCAUUCCAUAUCUGGCGGUGUCAACGCCGAAGCUUUUUUCCCGCGAUGCUAUGAUAUUGCCCAGAAGAGUGAACGAGACGAUUUCGUUCUUGAUUAUCGUCGUUCUGCUGCACUGCGAAUCGCACUGCUGCAUCAGCGACUGCAUCGUGAUCAAGAGGCAAUGCAGACCGCCCCCGAUUCUGUAUAUUCAUGCAACGAAACAGUCCUGCUGGCAUGUACACGGGUCCUUCAGCGAUGGUGCCUAGAUCUUGAUCCAAAGCAUUUGGAUGAAGAGGGCAAUGACGGACAGCGCAUGACCGAAGACCUCUGGGAUGCGCUGGUGCUGUACAGCGAGCUGACGCAGCCACAGCUCUGCUCAGGCACGGCGAACGUGCGGGUUCCGAGGCGUCCUUUGAUUCGCCCGGGGGGUGGCGACAUGAAGGCGGAUGAAACUCCACGGUCUGAACGAGAGAGAAGCGAGCGAAGCGAGCGCAACCGGCCGACGAAUCUGAAGGAUUGGCCGGAGUUUCUCAGCCACUCCUGGGGGCAACUCGACGACAAGUCGCAGCUGGCCCUCGAUGAGGUGUUGCAGAAACUGGAGGCACUCUUCCCGCAAUGGGGUUUGCAUGGAGGUUGGUCCGGCCAAAACGUCUGGAUCGUGAAGCCCGGCACGAACAGCAAAGGAAGUGGAAUUCAUUGUAUGAGCAACCUGGCAGAGCUGUUGCACCAUUGCGACCGCAUGCCCAAUCGAUUGGUGCAGAAGUACAUCGAGAGGCCGCUCCUGCUGUUCAGUGGCCGGAAGUUCGACAUCAGACAAUGGGUUUUGGUGCGAUCGGUCCGUCCACUGAAAGUCUUCAUGUUCAGUGAAUGCUAUCUGCGCCUUUGCAAUGGCAUGUAUGAUCUUGGCGACUUGCGGGACCGGGAGAGGCACAUUUCAAACUGGCAAGUGAACAAGCACGGGAAGAAUGUCGUGGAGGGCGCCGUUGUGUCCCUCGCAGACUUCAGAGAGCAGCUUGCCGAACUGACCGAUCGCGAGGACUAUUGGGAGACAGUCUUACUGCCAGCGAUCAAGCAGAUCGUGAUUGAGGUGAUGCGGUCCGUGGAGGCCAACCUUCAGCCCCGACCGGAGAGCUUCGAGCUCUUCGGAUUCGACCUCAUCGUGGACGAGGCAAUGAAGCCGUGGCUCCUCGAGGUGAACCUGAGCCCGGGCUGCGAGAGCCGCGUGUCGUUCCUGGAGCGCAUGCUGGCUCGAAUGACUCGUCGAUUGAUUGAGGUUGCAGUCCUGGGCAAGGAAGAGCCCGACGGGGAACUGCCUGACUGGAUCAAGCUUUGUGAUGACAGCAUUGGCACGCAAGAGAGCAACGCAAGCCUGGACACGCCCAGGCCCUGUGCCGAUUUAACCAUCCAUGGGACGCCGCUUCGGCCGCGCCGUGCCGUAGGUGGAAGUGUUGCUCUGCGGCCGUCCGUCCAGCACUCCCAUGAGGUCUUCCAUGUGGACCAGGACAUGGACAUGGACGCGCAGGAGACGCAGGAAGAACCACAGGCGCAGACGCGCCAGGGCUCGGAUGUCGCAGAUGUCAACCAAGACGGAAAGGCCGUAAGCUUCGACGACAGUCAGAUUGAGGAGCCGGAAGAGGCGGCAAACAAGCAGGGAAGGGGUGUGGCCCGAAAGGGCACGGGGUUCCUGCAUGCAGAAGAUGUGCAGAACCUCGUCGGGGAAGAGGAUGACGACGAAGAAGAAGAGGCCGGCCGGGAAGAACAACGACCCGUGUCCUUUGCCAUACCUGCCAAGGCUGAAAGUGAAAGGGAAAGUGGGCCGGUGGUUCGCAAGGGCACGGGCUUCGUGAGCGCGGCCGACCUACCCUCAGACGAGGAGGAGGAGGAGCCUGACUCCCAAAGGCAUGUGGCCUUCGAUCCCUCAACGCAGGCUGGCACAGAUGCCGGGCCAGCAGUGCGGCGCGGCACCGGCUUUGUCGGCAUCGCAGAGCUGCCUUCGGAUGAUGAGGAGGCUGAGGACAACGAUCCUGCAGGACACCGCGUGGCCUUCGACCCCGGCACACAGGAAGGCAGCGGUGGGCUUGUGGCUCGGGUGAAAACGGGGGCCGUCAAGACCCGCAUGGAGGGGCCCGACUCACCGCAGGGCCACGGACGUCUCCAGGUCAACAAGCAAAAGACCAGCCGCUUGGCAUCGGGGGACCUGGCGCAGCUCUCCUCGGACGAAGAGGUGGCCGUGGAGAGCCAAGCAGCAAAGCGAGCGUCUUUCGACCCAGCAGAGGAUGAGAAGCCGGAAAUCCCGAAGACCGGUACGAAGGUCACCAGUCGCAAGGGCACCGGCUUCCUGCGCAAGGAGGAUCUGCAGGAUCUGGCUUCCGAGGAGGAGGAGGAAGCUGACGAGGCUCAGCAGAUGGCUCAUGGAGACAGAGCAGUAAGCUUCGAACCAGGAAGUGAGACUCAGGAGUCCGAAGAUCAACCACGUCGUGCCGUGGCUCGAAAGGGAACUGGGUUCUUGCAUGCGGGAGAUGUGGAGAACUUGGUGGAUGAGGAGGAGGAGGAAGAGGAGGAGGAGGCCGGACGGAGAAAGGUUGGCUUCGAGAAGCCGUCAGAAGAGGCUGAAGCAGAAGGGAAGAGUAAGCCGGUGGCUCGCAAGGGCACCGGCUUCGUGAACGUGGGCGAUCUUCCGUCGGAUGAUGAGGACGACAACUACGGAGCCCUGCAAGAAGACGUGGACCAAGAGGAGGACGAGCCCGGGUCUUCAGAGGCCGGACGGAGAAAGGUUGGCUUCGAGAAGCCGUCAGAAGAGGUUUUGUUCAUUCUAGAGGGAAACCAGACUCGCAAGGCACGCAAGGGCACCGGCUUCGUAAAUGUGGGCGAUCUUCCCUCGGAUGACGAGGAGGAGGAAGGUGACCGAAAACAUGUGGUCUUCGAUCCCUCGACCCAGGCCGGCACAGAUGCAGGGCCGGCAGUUCGCAGGGGCACGGGCUUCGUGAGUGCGGCCGACCUACCUUCAGACGAGGAGGAGGAGGAGCCUGACUCCCAAAGGCAUGUGGCCUUCGAUCCCUCAACGCAGGCUGGCACAGAUGCCGGGCCAGCGGUGCGGCGCGGCACCGGCUUCGUUGGCACCGCAGAGCUGCCUUCGGACGAAGAGGAGGACGACGAGCCUGAAGGACACCGCGUGGCCUUCGACCCCGGCACACAGGAAGCUCGCAAAGGGAAGGAGCUGGGUCGCAAGGGCACAGGAUUUCUGCGAAAAGAAGACGUUGCCGAUCUGGUGGACCAGGAGGAGGAAGAGGAGGAGGACGAGCCCGGGUCUGCAGAGGCCGGACGACGAAAGGUUGGCUUCGAGAAGCCGCCAGAAGAGGCUGAAGCAGAAGGGAAGAGUAAGCCGGUGGCUCGCAAGGGCACCGGCUUCGUGAACGUGGGCGAUCUUCCGUCGGAUGAUGAGGACGACAACUACGGAGUGCUGCAAGAAGACGUGGACCAAGAGGAGGACGAGCCCGGGUCUUCAGAGGCCGGACGGAGAAAGGUUGGCUUCGAGAAGCCGUCAGAAGAGGCUCAAAGAGAACGGGAGGGAAAGCCUGUGGCACGCAAGGGCACCGGCUUCGUGAAUGUGGGCGAUCUUCCCUCGGAUGACGAGGAGGAGGAAGGUGACCGAAAACAUGUGGUCUUCGAUCCCUCGACCCAGGCCGGCACAGAUGCAGGGCCGGCAGUGCGGCGCGGCACCGGCUUUGUCGGCAUCGCAGAGCUGCCUUCGGAUGAUGAGGAGGCUGAGGACAACGAUCCUGCAGGACACCGCGUGGCCUUCGACCCCGGCACACAGGAAGGCAGCGGUGGGCUUGUGGCUCGGGUGAAAACGGGGGCCGUCAAGACCCGCAUGGAGGGGCCCGACUCACCGCAGGGCCACGGACGUCUCCAGGUCAACAAGCAAAAGACCAGCCGCUUGGCAUCGGGGGACCUGGCGCAGCUCUCCUCGGACGAAGAGGUCGAUGCGGCUGGUGAGCUCGCACCGGCAGGCGGUCCAGAAGAGGAUAAGAAGCCGGAAAUCCCGGCGACCAGCACAAAGGCCGGCACUGAAGUCGAGCCUACGAUCCUCAACAACGUCGACGGUGAAGGGCAGAAUGACGAGGUGCAAGGCAAGAAGCCAACGAGCCAGCCAUCAGAUGCGAAGGCCGACGUCCAGGCCACAUCAGGCGUCGCGAAUCCAGAGCCAGAGGACAUCGAGGACUUCGAAGAUGAUUUCGAGUCGGACUCUGAAGGAUAUGCCAGUUCGUUCCCAUCACCCACGAGCCAGUCUACGCCGGUUGGCGAUGCCGCGGAGAGUGACGACGGCAAUGCCACAGCCGCAGGCUAG